GCGCCGGCGGCGUGCGCAGAGUGCGGCGGGUGCGGUCUGAGAGAGUCUCAGGCACUCAAAGCGGAGACGCUAACCCUGACCGCAGGCUGCGAUGAGCACUCCGGCCGUGACCCGGGACCUGCAGCUGCCCCCGAGUCAGAGGGCCCAGUCCGCGUUCAGAGAGCAAAGAAGACAAAAAAUCAAGGAAAAUCUAUUGAGAAGAGGAACUUCUUUUGCACACAGACAGGAAAAUCAGAUAUUAUCUAGUGGUGGCCAGAGAGUGGUGACAUCUGAGGACCAGGUCCAAAAAGGGACAAAAGUUCUGAAACUUAAAACAAAAAUGGCUGAUAAAGAAAAUGUCCAUAGACCUACGGGGAGCAAAAAUAAUACAACGGUGGGAAAAAAUUGUAUUUCUUUAAAACCUUCUAAUGAAAUAACCAAUUCAACUAUAGUAAUUGACACAAAUAAUUUGGAGGAUAAUAAUCAAACUCUGCAGUUGUUACCAAUUAAAAAUGAUCUCCAAGGUCAACAUAUGACAUUAAGCCAGGCAUUCCACCUUAAAAGCAAUAGUAAAAAGAAACAAAUGACUACAGAAAAGCCAAAGCAAGAUGCUAACAUGACCAAGAAACCUGUGCUUGGGUGUUAUCGUGGCCAAAUUGUUCAGUCUAAGAUAAAUUCAUUUCGAAAACCUCUACACAUUGAAGGUGAGAGUUCUGCAGCAACAAAGAAACUUCCUACUACCAUCUCUAAAGCCACAAAGCCUCAACCUAUAAACACCAGCAGUGUAACGGUAAAAAGUGGUAGAACCUCCAGUGUGACUGCUGUCACAAAACUCGUGAGCACUACAUCUCAGAACACACAACUUAUGCGACCUCCUAUUAGAAGUCACCGUGAUAAUACCAAGGACACUGUGAAACAAAGCAUGAGUAGAACCACUGCCAACAUUACAAUCUGCAAAGGGCCUGGUGAAAAAGAAUUAUUACAAUCAAAGACAGUUUUGUCUAGUGUCAAAACCAGUUCUUCUCAGGACAUAAAAAGAAAUAAGGCACUACCAAGAAGCAUGGCGUCUGAAAUUGUAGCCAGGCCACCUUCAUCUUCUAAUACCAGUUUGAUAGAAAAGUCAAAAACCAUUGGCCAGAGGAGACAUACUAUUGCAAAAGCAACCGUUGGAAGUAGCUCAGCUCAGCCCAAAGAAACCUCAGAAGACAGGAAAGCUCGCCUGAGUGAGUGGAAAGUUGAUAGAGGAAGAGUGUUGAAAAGCCCUCCUAACUCAAUAGUUAUCAAGCCUGUGCCUGAAGGACAAAAUGAAAAACCAGUUGGGUCCUUCUGGACUACCAUGGCAGAAGAAGAUGAACAAAGAUUAUUUACUGAAAAAGUAAACAACACAUUUUCUGAAUGCCUGAACCUGAUUAAUGAGGGAUGCCCAAAAGAAGAAAUACUGGUCACACUGAAUGACCUGAUUAAAAAUAUUCCAGAUGCCACAAAACUUAUUAAGUAUUGGAUAUGUCUUGCACGUAUCGAGCCAGUCACAAGUCCUAUUGAAAAUAUUAUUGCAAUCUAUGAGAAGGCCAUUCUGGCAGGGGCUCAGCCUAUUGAAGAGAUGCGACACACAAUUGUAGAUAUGCUAACAUCGAAGAGUCAAGAAAAAGUUAAUUUUGGAGAAAAUAUCAAGGAGGCUUGUGCAACCAAGGAAAAAAUCCAAGAAGACAACAAUGAAGAUACAGGUGUUAGUCUAGAGACAGGAAAACCAGAAAUGGAGAAAAAAUAUCAUAGAAAUGUUGUAUUUCAAGAUUGUGAAAAAGAGCAAGACAACAAAACGAAAGAUACAACCAGUGAUGCUAAAACCCCCAAUACAGAAACUAGAGCCGGUUGCCUGAUUAAAUUUAAUGUAUCUACUACACCAUACUUGCAAAGUUUGAAAAAGAAGAUGCAAUUUGACGAAAGAAAUGCUGCGUUUAAAGAGCUGAAGUUUCUAACACCAGUGAGACGUUCUCAACGUCUUCAAGAGAAGACUUCUCAACUGCCAGAUAUGUUAAAAGACCAUUAUCCUUGUGUGUCUUCACUGGAACAGUUAACAGAGUUGGGGGGUGAAAUGGAUGCUUUUGUAUGCCGCCCUAAUACAGCACUGUGCAGGAUGUACUCUGAGACUGAAACAACAGAAGAGAAAUAAAGCUCUGAUAAGGAAUGGGGUUUUUGUUAGUCCUGGGGUGUUUUGUUUUCUGUGGCUUUGUAUUUCCCUAAGGUUGGGAGUUGGCCAAGUACCUAAGCAUUCAUGGAGCUACUUUAUUAACGUUCAUGUUAACAGUGGGAGUUGCCCUUCUAUGCAUCAGAAAGCUGAUCCUACCAAGUCAAUCUCAACAGACUGUUUUUCUUUAGGAUAGGUAAGUUUUGUCAGCUAAUUUACUUUGUUCCUUGAAUAUA